GCGCGUAUCUUCGAGGCACGGAGUAGUAACCGAGAGUCGAAACUCGACGGGUUGAUUAAUCGCCUCUCGAAUCUCGCAAGUAGUUAACAUAGUUACUGCGAUAACCAGUGAUGGCCGCACGCAGUGUCCGUAGUCCGUAUCGUUAAAAAUCGUGAAUCGUGAAUCGCGAAUCUAGUUGAGACUGGUGCUGUUCGCCUGGUAUGGUGCAAACAGCGAUGGCAUGGGUAAUUAGGAAGCGGCUAGAAGCGUUCCUAUUCACCCCGACAAUCAAUUGAGGCUAUGGCCAGAGUGGAGUUGGUGUGUUAGAGUCGUGACGCGUGUCGGUGCGUAAAUGUCCGUUGUCCGAGAAGUCAGUUAUGUCGAAUCCCGGCGGUAGCAGGAGGAACGGGGCCGUUAAGAUUCGCCUCACGAUACUCUGCGCCCGUAACCUCGCCAGAAAGGAUCUUUUCCGUCUUCCUGACCCAUUCGCCAAGAUAACGGUUGACGGUUCAGGCCAAUGCCAUAGCACGGACACUUGCAAGGCAACGCUUGACCCCAAGUGGAACCAGCACUACGACUUAUAUAUUGGAAAGGAUGACGGUAUUACUAUAUCAGUAUGGAAUCACAGAAAAAUACACAAAAAACAAGGAAGUGGAUUUUUGGGAUGCGUUAACAUACUUUCUUCCACCAUACAGAGGCUUAAAGAUACCGGAUAUCAACGCUUGGAUCUCUGCAAAGCGCACUCGGAAGACACGGAUGUAGUAAAAGGUCAAAUAGUAGUAUCGCUUUUGUCGAGGGACGGGCAUAACGGAGCGGUGAGCAACACCGUUGGCCACAACGCGGUUGUCGAUGUUCUCGGAGACCUAAGUUGUCCAACGGAUCUUCCUGAUGGCUGGGAGGAAAGGCGUGCUCAAAAUGGAAGACUCUAUUAUGUCAAUCAUUUCAAUAGAAGCACUCAGUGGGUACGGCCAAAUUCUCGACCAGCGAACGUCAUAAUCCCCACAACACCAGAGCCGCCACCACCUCUGGGAACGGAACCGACAUCGCCAAGUGGAAGUGGAAGUCCCCAGAACAUGAGGAGCCAGAGUCCGAGCUCGAGGACAUCGGACUGGAAUGGAGAAGGAUCCCAGAACAGGACACCGGUGAGAGAGAAUUCGGUGCAAAACACGCCUACACAGGGUCAGAACAAUAAUCACAAUCACAAUCUGCGGAACACGACGGCGACUAAUUCAACCCGGGAAAGGAGACCGCAAAGAACCAGCGAGGAGCAGAAUGGCAAUCGAUUAGCCAAUGGAAGUCAGGCUCGGAGACAGAAUAGAACGAACAGAAAUCGCAACAGCAUUAUGCCAAAUGGUGAAAGGAGGAAUGACAAUCAACCCUCCGAUCUGCCCCGAGGAUAUGAAUUGAGGAAAACGCAGCAAGGACAGGUUUACUUCUACCAUGUACCGACGGGCGCCUCGACGUGGCAUGAUCCAAGGAUACCACGGGAUUUGCCAGCUAACGAGUUGGCAAAUGAGCUCGGGCCGCUUCCCAGCGGAUGGGAAAUGCGCCAGACGCAAACAGGACGAGUUUACUUCGUCGAUCAUAACAACAGGACAACCCAAUUCACGGAUCCUCGGUUGUCCGGACAGAUAAUAAGCAACUUGUUAAAGCGGCAAAGUCCGCAAAAUGGGACGUCUAAUCAGGCAGCGAACUCAUCGAGUAAUUCUAACUUGGCUAGAGUAGAGCCGGCAGCUGGAGGUGAAGCUCCUCCUACACCAGCAGUUGUAUCUACUCCAACGAAUCCCGUUAGGCCCAGAACAGAGGGAACAAGUAACAACAAUUCUCCUACCUCUGAAAGUACCCCAUCGCAAAAUGGACAGACAGUUUCCGAUCUCCCCAAGGAACUCAUGGAAAGCGAGCUGCUUCCUAAGUACAAACGAGAUCUGGUAGCUAAACUCAAGUGCCUCAGAGCUGAACUCAAUGCGCUGCAACCACAAAGUGGUCAUUGCAGAUUGGAAGUAUCCAGAAACGAGAUAUUCGAGGAAUCGUACAGACUGAUAAUGAAGAUGCGACCCAAGGAUAUGCGCAAGCGUUUGAUGGUGAAGUUCCGGGGCGAAGAAGGACUCGACUACGGCGGAGUUGCGAGGGAAUGGCUUUACCUGCUUUCACACGAGAUGCUGAAUCCUCAGUAUGGGCUCUUCCAGUAUUCCAGAGACGACAAUUACACCCUACAGAUAAACCCCGACUCGGGCAUAAAUCCGGAGCACCUUUCCUACUUCCAUUUCGCUGGUAGGAUAAUCGGUAUUGCUGUUUUCCACGGGCAUCACGUCGAUGGUGGAUUUACGACGCCGUUUUACAAAAUGCUUCUCAACAAGGCAAUCACCCUCAGCGACAUUGAGGGCGUAGAUCCAGAGCUGCACAGAAGCUUGACUUGGAUGCUAGAGAACAGCAUCGACGGUGUAUUGGAUGCAACGUUUUCCGUGGAGCACAGUAGUUUCGGAGUGUUGAAAAAUCACGAAUUGAAACCCGGUGGCAAAGAUAUUGUAGUAACCGAGGAAAAUAAACGUGAAUAUGUCAGACUCUACGUCAAUUAUCGUUUUAUGCGGGGAAUAGAGCAGCAGUUCCUGGCGUUGCAAAAAGGUUUUCACGAAUUGAUACCGCCUCAGUUAUUGAGGCCGUUUGACGAACGGGAACUCGAGCUUGUCAUUGGCGGCCUGGGAUCCAUCGAUAUCAACGAUUGGAAAAUGCACACGAGACUGAAACACUGCACACCCGAUACUCCAAUCGUGCGAUGGUUCUGGCAAAUUGUCGAAUCGUACGGCGAAGAAAUGAGGGCUAGACUUUUACAAUUUGUUACCGGAAGCUCAAGGGUACCUUUGCAGGGAUUCAAAGCGCUACAAGGUUCGACUGGAGCGGCGGGUCCCCGUCUUUUCACGAUUCACGCUGUGGACGCACCUAGUGAAAAUUUGCCAAAGGCUCACACGUGCUUCAACAGGAUAGACAUACCGCAGAAUUAUCAAAGCUAUCAAAAAAUGUUAGAUAAACUGACGCAGGCUGUCGAAGAAACUUGUGGUUUCGCUGUUGAGUGACCGUAGAGUAUGAAAGAGGAUAGAAAAAAAGAGAAAAUGGAAGGGGUCGGUGAAAGGUAGGCGUUUUUUAGGUACACAAUAAUUUAUUAUAAGAUUUCUUGUCGGAAUUUGGCAAAAAAGAAAAUGAAGAGAAAGUAAAAAAUAGGAAAAAUACGGAACAAAUAAGAAAAACGAAAGAAAGAAUGAAAAAAAAAAACAAUGAAAAACCGUUUCGCACCUUGUGCACUGCUUAUUGCACUAGCACAUUUAUCCCGUCGUUUUUUUUUUAAAUCUUUUUUUUGUCAUCUCACGUAAAAAAUAUGAAAGACCAAUCGCGUAACUGGUUUACAAAUAUUCCUUUCCACCCGCGCCUCAUUUUCAACGCAGAUGUAUUUGUACUUGUAUUAUAUACCACGUGGCAAUUUAUCUGCCGUGGAAAGCUGAUGAAUAGUUAGGUAGUUAUAUAAAUAUAUACAAUAUAGACAGAUAGACAGUUAAAUAGAUACAUAAAUAGAUAUUUGUAAAAUGAAUUGAGUUUUAGAAGAAAAGCACAACAAUGAAUUUAGUGUAGUAUAUUUUUUUAUUACUGUUCAGCACAAGUGUACGCGUUUAUUUUUUUUUAUUACUGUUCAGCACAAGUGUACGCGUUUAUUUUUUUUUUAUACAGCUUGAUUUUUUCGUCCCACUAAUGUUUAAAAAUUAAAUCGUUAGCAAUGAAAUAAAUUAACGGGAAUUGAUUAGAUACCUAUAUGGUAUUGUUAGACUGAUUUUGUCGUAUAUUUCUGUUUUAUUACGAUAAAAUUUCCAUCAUUCUUGUUUUUUUUCAUUUUCGCUGAUACUUGAAGAGCAAUAAUAAUGACAAGGAUAAUAAGAGUAAUAACGAUAAUAAUGAUACAGCGAACGGUUGAUGUAAAACUUGUGUAUAUUAUUGUAAUAAUAAUGUGAAAAAUAGGUCGAAAGAAAUAAUAUUGACUUGAUCGCGAAACACGAAAUUUUUGUUCUUAGCUUCUACGUGUUAUUGUAAUAUGUCAUAUAUCUCCUCUGGUUUUGUCUCUUCUCGUGUUAUGGAGAAUCGUUAAGAAAAACAAAUGCUUGAAACAUUUUCCCUUUGUUUUCUUUUCUUGCUUUUUAUAUAUUAUUGUUUCCCGACAUAUGAGUCACGGCACAGAUACAAUUUAUUCGCAGUCUAUGGGUGACUAUAAAUAUUUGUACGUACUUUGAAAAUAUAAUUUUUAGAAUAGUCGGAACAAAUUGGAAAAAAAAAGAAAUAGAUACGAAGGGAAGGGAGAAUUAUAAGUGAAUAAUGGACAAAAUGUGGAUAAAGAUAGAUUAAUAAGAUAUCAAGCAAUGCAUUUCAGUAGUA